AUGGGCUUUACUCUACGCUUCCCAAAGUUUCUUACCAAGAACGUCAAGGAUGGUGAAUCAACACCACCUGAAUCCAGUGAGCCAUCUCCUUGCAACUCGCGUCCCACGUCUCGUACACCAUCUAUUCGUGAAGGUGCCUCCACUCCCGUGACACCUGAACAAAAGUAUCUCUACGACCCCAUGCGUCAUAACAAGCGUGCCGAUUACAUUGGUUCCUUUGUCGAUCCUAUGGGCACAGGUUCAAAAGGCGGUUAUUCUCAAGGCAUCGAUGUUACCAACACUGGUGCUUAA